CUAUGAUUCCGGAUAGACGCAGAAGUUCCUGGGCAUAUGCACUUUCAUUAUUAACCCAGUGAGGGGUCCCGUGAAAUCUGCAGGUACCUAGGGGAUAUCUUAUAAAGCAAGCUCCAGACUUGCAGGUUUCUUCUCCUAUGGAACAUAUUAUUACUAGGUGGAGAAAGAUCACCUUCGACACUCUCAUCUUCAUAGUUGCUGUUUUGGAAGUAAUUGUAUCAUUUGUAUGAUGAAACUCUCUACUGCCGUGUAUAACGCCGCUGUUGUGCUUCGACAUGCUACAUUUGUCAUCGGUGCGAAACUCUUGGCUGGCGGGACUAUUGUUGCAUUCGACGAUGAGACCCAGCAACUCCGGGUGAUCCGUGAAGGGUCACUCCUCAUCGAAGGGGACAGUAUCUCAUCUGUUUCUGAUAGCAUAGUGCCUGACACUAUUCCAAUAGGUGUCGAAGUAAUAAACUGUACCGGAAACAUUAUCACCCCCGGCUUCGUUGAUACGCACCGUCACGGGUGGCAGACUGUUUUCAAGACACUUGGCUCCAAUACAACAUUAGCCGAGUAUUUGAAACGAUACAGCGCAAGCGUAGCUCAGCCUCUGUUCACUCCCGACGAUGUGUACAUCAGCCAGCUAGCAGGUAUCUAUGAGGCCCUUAACGCUGGAGUGACUACAAUACUUGAUCAUGCUCACCACACCUGGACCCGCGAGCAUGCCAUCGCAGGGUUGAAUGCCUCCAUGGACAGUGGUGGUCGGGUCUUCUUCGCCUAUACGUUCCAAAAUUCCCCAGAUUUCAGCAUUCAAGACCAGAUUAUGCAUUGGCAUGAAUUGGCUUCAACAGUCCCGAGCGGCCUCACUACACUCGGGAUAGCGUACGAUGGUUGGAUAGGAGAUCCGCAAGAUCCAGACACUGCCGCGGUAGUCAAGCUUGCCUUAGAGAGUAAAGUUGAAGCCCUUACAACCCACGAUGUGGAAGGGCCUUGGUCAUCGUCUAAUAACCCUGAACUUCUCCACUGGCUGGGAAUACUUAAUUCGAGCAUACCUAUCGUGAUAUCUCACGCUUCGCAAAUUAGUGCCCGCGGCGCCGAGCUUCUGCGGCAGACAAACCAGCAUAUAUCGAUUACCCCGGAAAGCGAAAUGCACUAUGGUCAUCUUCAUCCGACGAGCCAUUUAAUCUUGGACCAAGCCUCUCUGGGAGUAGAUACGCAUUUCACCUUCUCAACGGACAUCUUGACGCAAGCACGCCUUUGGCUACAAAGCACCCGAUCCCGUUUAUAUAAGGCCGCGAUUGACAACUGGCAGAUACCUGCUAACAGUCCCAUGUCCGUGAACCAGGCCUUCCUGCUAGCCACCAGGAACGGCGGUCUAGCGCUCGAACGACCCGAUUUAGGUGUGAUUACACCCGACACCAAGGCCGAUAUUCUCAUAUGGGACGCGCGUUCCCCCGGGAUGCUGGGAUGGGUCGAUCCGAUUUCCGCCGUGAUCCUGCACGCGAACGUAGGGGACAUCAAAGACGUGAUAGUGGGCGGCGAGUUCAAGAAGCGCGACGGGAAACUCGUCGUUGAGGACUACGCCGGGAUACAAGACAGGUUCCUACAGAGCGCCAGGCGCAUACAGGCCAAAUUGAAGGACAUUCCCUUACCAGUACCCGAAGGCCGCUUCAUGGGCGGGUACCCGUACGCGCCGGUCUUGGAAGUUGACGUGCAGCGUGGUGAAGGAACUGGGUAUGGCCCGAUCUAUGUUUGACAGCCGUCCAAACUACCAACCUGAGCUACAUUAAGCUAGCCAGGUGUAUUAUACCUAUGGCUUACAAGAAAAGCGUUUUCUUGCUCUGGGUAAGCCUUCAAUUACGACACAGGGAAUAGACGAUAUAGACCGUAUAUAGGAGAAAACUCGCGCAAAUAAAUAAUAUCAAUUAAUCCGUACACCGCUCGUCGAAGCAUCAUGCCAGAUUAGGUUAAACGUCAUCGGCUAUUUGGUUGACAUGAUCAAGAAAUUGAAGAGGCUCUAAAGGGCUCUCGUUCCGUUC